AUGAGAAUUCGAAUCAACAACGAAACGAUCUAUCGGGGAGGUCCGUCCCGUCAGGAAGAUCAUUCCGAUUCAGAAGACGAUGGCCAAGAUAUGGACCAUACCGAUUUCCCUGCUCCUGAUCCCAAUCAACCGGGACCCUCCAACCCGGGUACUUCUACGUCUUCCGCCGGCCAAGCUGGACCAUCCACUUCUGGACCAUCCACUUCUACAGUAACCCAAACUACGAGAGACAGGUUAAGACAAAUGGAAGCCGCUCGAUUCCGUCGAUUUGGUAUGAAGCCACCAUUAGAGUUAGACGAUGAGACAGAAGGUUUACCCAGGAGACAGCCAGAGCAGCAGGUCCCCUUUCGUCCUAUCAACACAAAACUCGGCCAGAAAUACAAGCUCAAUGCAAAUGCGUCAGCCAAUGAUAAUUUGGAUUUAGUGCUGAAAGGAAUUGGAAUCGAUGUAUCGAAACUCCCAACCCCUGAAACUCCAUGUCGUAUAGCUUUCAUUGUGGAUGGAUUGGAACCGCUGACUCUGGAAGAAAAGUGUGAAAUGAAUGAUCGAGUGAUAAGAGAACGGACGGAGGCGCGUACCAGAAAGAUUGCGGAGCUUUUUGAGGAGGAAUAUGAGAUGGAUGAAGUGGAACCUCGGAAACCAAAUCCGGCGAGAGAAUCGAAAUGGGAUCCUUUCGAUUUUAGCUUCAAUCAUUUUGAAAAGAACUUGUUGAGAGGAGGAGUUGAGGCAUGGCCAGACGAGGCAAAUAGGCCUAAAACCAAACGUCAAUUGGAACUCGAGUCGGAAUCAGCUCCACCGCCGGCGCGGCAGGAACCUCGGCGGGAACAUCAGAAGGAGCGUCGGCGAAGCCGAUAUAGAGAUACUUCACCUCGCGAGGACUCUGAUGAGGCUCAAGCUGGAACGCCGCCUCCAGAAAGAGCUAAAAAACACAAACCACGUCGACGGACUGCUCCAGAAUCGAAUUCUAGACGACGUGAGGCUUCAGAAUCCGAUUCUCGUCAUCGUACUGCUCCAGAAGCUCAAGCUGGUCCAGAAUACAAUCCACGUCGACAAAUGGCUCCAGAAUACUAUGCUUCAGGAUACGACGCCCCUGAAUACGAUGCUCCAGAACCUCCCAGAGACGUCCCACGGCCCCCAGAAGCUCAAGCACCUCCAAACUACAGUAAUCGUCAACACGCUGCCCCAGACGCUUCUCAAGCUGCUCCAACACACAAUCCACGUCGACGUGCUCAUCCAGAAACCGAUUCUCGUCGUCGUACUGCUCCAGAAGCUGGAGUAGUUUUAGCAUACAAUCCUCCAGAACCUCCACAACCUCCCAGAGACGUCCCAGGGGCUCUAGGUGUUCCAGCUGCUCCAGAAGGUCCCGAUCUCCUUGCCCAACAAUUCAAUAUUCCAGAAAUUUGCGCCGCAAUGGCUGUCAAGGUUCCAGAAGGCACUACAGUAGACACCAAGGACUUGUGCAAUCGUCUUGCUCAAGAUCUAAAGGAUAACUCGAUUCCCCAAUCCGCAUUCUCCACUAAAAUCCUUGGAAGAAGCCAAGGAACCCUUUCAGACAUUCUCAGAAAUCCAAAACCAUGGGAUCAAAUCAAUCGGGGCGCCGAGACGUACGAACGAAUGAUUAAUUGGUUGGGAUUGGAGAAAAAUCUGAGAGUGGAGUUGUGCCAAUUGUCACCAAAGGAUGCGGCUAGAGUGACUGGACUACAAAUCACACAUCCGCAAAAAAGACAGGAAGGACACGGCCCUCGAACCCGUCUGGUCUUCACCGAUACCCAAAAAGCGAAAUUGGUGGAUUCGUUCAAGAGAAAUCCGAAUCCCCCACCAGAACAUAUGGCCCAACUGGCGGUCCGACUACAUUUGGAUCUUCCUACUGUUCGGAAUUUCUUUGUGAAUUAUAGAAGACGUUUGAAGGAUGGAAGAUUCCAGAAGGAGAUGGAGAAACAGGGAGGGGGAGGCGGAGCUUCAAAUCAAAAGGCGGAGACUGUGCAGAGGGCGGAGCAUCGACAAGUGGACCCGCAGGGGGAGGACCAAGUAGCGGAGGAUGAUGAUGAUGUCAUUAACAUUGAUUAG